AUGGCUGGCAUGGCCCAGAUGGUUGCCGCUGUCCUUCAAACGACAGAGACAUCUAACUCGUACAUCAUCGCCAACGACCGUCUCAAUGCCACGGUCACCAAGACUGGCGACCUCCUGGGUCCCGCCACCGGCAGCAUCGGUCGAGGCCCCUACCUCGACUGUUACUGCACACCCGCGGGUUUCUGGACCCCUGGUCGUGAUCGACCAACGCUGGCCCUCUACUCUGGCGAGGAUGCCACCGGAACCAAGUACGGCGGCUUCAAGAUGUCCGACACCUUCCCCGCCACCGGCCAGGUCCUCGAGCAAUACAUCUUCCUGCGCGAGGGUGAGACCGGUCUUCACAUGUUCAGCCGCGUCGCCUACCACAACGAGACGACGCCCUUCCUGCGCAACCUGCAGGAGCUUCGCACUCUGUUCCGCCCCAACACGGAGAUGUGGACUCAUCUUCUGACGAACCCUGAACAAUACGGCCCCCUGCCCAGCAAGGAGGGUGUCGCCAAGCAGGUUGUCGUUCAGGACGCUACCUGGGACCUCAGCGCGACUCCCAACGACCCUUACGUCAAGGACUUCUCCGAAUACUUCACAAAGUACACCUUCCAGUCCACCUGGGAAAACCACAAGGCCCACGGCAUGUUCGCCGAUGGCAGCAAGACCGCUGACGGCUCUACCUUUGGUGCCUGGAUGGUCAUGAACACCAGGGACACCCUGUUCGGCGGCCCUCUCUUCUCCGACCUCACUGUGGACGGUAUUGUCUACAACUACAUCUCCUCCAACCACCACGGCAACCAGACUCCCAACAUCACCUCUGGCUUCGACCGCACCUUUGGCCCUUACUACUACCACUUCAACAAGGGACCUGCCGGCACCGACAUCAAGGAGCUCCACGCCGAUGCUGCCCAGUAUGCCGAUCCCGAGUGGAACUCUGAGUUCUACGACGCCAUCGCCCCACUCGUCCCCAACUAUGUGACAACCAAGGGCCGCACGACUUGGAAGUUGCACGUUGACCUUCCCAAGGGCGCCAAGAAGCCCAUCGCUGUCCUCUCGCAGAAUGGCGUGUACUUCCAGGAUAACGUUUUCGACACCAAGGCUUACCAGUACUGGACUGAGGUUAGUGAGUCGGGCGAUGCCACCAUUCCCAUGGUCAAGGCCGGAACCUACCGUCUCACCAUUUACGCCGAGGGCAUCUUCGGUCAAUACAUCAAGGACGACGUCAAGGUUGAGGUCGGUGGCCGCAUCCGAACCACCCACGCACGCUGGCGCGAGGAGAACGCCGGCACUGAGAUCUUCCGUAUCGGUACCCCUGACAGGAGCUCUGGCGAGUACCGCCACGGCUUCGAGAAGGACCUGUCCAAGCCGAGGCAGCCUGCUGAGCACCUCAUCUACUGGGCCGCUUACGACUUCCCCUCCGAGUUCCCCGAUGGUGUCAGGUACAAGGUUGGCGAGAGCGACCCCGCCAAGGACCUCAACUACGUCCACUGGAGCGUUUUCGGAGGCCGUGGCAACUCGGUUCGCAAGGACAUGUACCUGGGAGACGGCAACGUGAACAACUGGACCAUUGUCUUCGAUCUCGAGGAGGCGCAGGUCAGGCGCAAGAGGGAGGCCACCUUCACCGUGCAGCUCGCCGGCGCCAAGACCGCUGCGGGUAACACCGAUGUCUUCAACGCCAGCGAACCUCACGCCAACCUGGCUUACACUGUCAACGUGAACGGCCAGGACCUGAAGCCCUGGGUCAUCCCCAGCUCUUGCGCUGUCCGCUCCGCCGUCGUCUGCUACCAGGUUGGCAACAAGUUCAGCUUCCACCCUAGCAUGCUCAAGGCUGGCGAGAACGAGAUCGUCCUCAGCUUGCCCUACGGCGCCACCAACUACGAGCCCGCUAUCCUGACGCAGGCUCUCUACGUGCAGUACGACGCGCUGCGCCUGGAGAUUCGGUAG